GAGAAAGAGACUCUGUGCAGGAAUUGAUCAGAUCGUAGUUAAUGAUUGACAUGCUUGUGUAUAAAGCUCAUGCCCCCCUGUGGUUCUCCGUCCAGUCAAAGAGGGGGGAGACAGCUGUCAGCAGUAAGAGGCAGAACAACAUGAAAACAAUUCUGAUAUCCUUACUUGUCCUUGCUGUUGCUUGUCUCCCCGUCCUUUGCGGCAGAGAGGAGCAGCCCACCCUCCAACCCGAGGCCCCUGCCGAAACCCGCUCACACUUUGCUGCUCUGGAUGAUGUGCGUCUCCUAGCGAACGGCCUCCUCCAGCUGGGCCAGAGCCUGCGGGAGUUUGUGCACAAGACAAAAGGGCAGAUCAAUGACAUCUUCCAAAAACUUAACAUUUUUGACCGCUCCUUCAACCAGCUGUCUGUGCUGGCCAGUGAAAUCAAGGAGGAGGAAGAGGAGCUCAAGAAGACCGCUGUGGUGCUGAGGGCCAACAAUGAAGAGAUCAAAGGCUUGUCUGACAAGAUCAGCUCCAAGGUGGACACCAUCAUGCUGGAGAAAAGCCACCUGCAGAGCAAGGUGGACGGCCUGGAGGAGAAGCUGAGAAGUCUGUCUCAGGGCAUGUUUACCAGCGACCAAGUAGGAGAGAUCAACGGCCUUAGGGAAGUGAUUACCAGCCAGGAGCAAAGCAUCAUGGAGCUUCUGAAGGCUGUGAGGGAGCAAAGUGAUCAACUCAACUACCAAAGGAUAAAGAUCAAGAAUCUGGAGGAAAAGCUUGUAGCCAGUUCCUUAGCCCAGGAGACAAUUGAAAGGAUGCCUGAAUCCUUCAUCAGUGAAGCGCCAACACUCAGCCCUUAUCUGGCCUCCAGCAAGAAAAAUGCUGUCAUGGAUAUCCCAUCUGACUGCAGUGAAUUGUUCAACAGAGGUGAGAAAAUGAGUGGAGUGUACGCCAUCAGGCCAAAUGGAUCCGAGCCUUUCAUGGCAUUUUGCGACAUGAGUGGAGAUCACGGAGCAACAGUCAUCCAGCGCAGGAAGGAUGGUUCGGUGAACUUUGAUCAAACCUGGGAAAAAUAUGCAAAUGGAUUUGGAGAUUUUCACGGGGAGUUUUGGCUGGGUCUCAACAAGAUCGGUUCUCUAGCUGCUCAGGGCAACUACGUCCUUCACAUUCAGCUGGAAGACUGGAAACAGAACAAGCGCUUUGUUGAAUACAGUUUUGGCCUCAGCAGUGCAGAGAGCAACUACACCCUUCAUCUCAAGCUGCUGUCAGGAGAUCUGACUGACCCCAUGAGGAACCACACAGGCAGGAUGUUCUCCACUAAGGAUAGAGACAAUAACAAAAACCGGGAUUCCAACUGUGCCCACCACUACACAGGUGGUUGGUGGUUCAACAGUUGUGGAGACACCAACUUGAAUGGGAGGUACUUCCUAAUGAGACAUAAAGGACGUUCGGGUUCAGAUCGCCGGCGAGGGAUCCUUUUAAAACCAGGACGUAAAGCUUCUUAUUCGCUCAGGUUCACACAGAUUUCUAUCCAUCCCCUCAGCACCACCUCAAUCUCAUUCUCUGAGAUCGGUGCCUUUCUUUCCAACAACACAGACAUUCUCUAAUGACGAGUCAACUGCAACCACAGUAAAUAGCGGCCUCUAAAGGGGAACUUCGGAAGUGCUCCGUGUGGGCAGCCAUGGUUUAGGUAGGCCCAUACCGGUCAAUAUUUGUGUUUGAAAGUAAGGGAAAUUAAGGGAAAAUAAUGUCAAUUCUGGUCUUUUCACCAGUGGGAAGCUGGUGGAAAGACCCGACUGACCCAACCGUGUUGUUUUUUUUGUUUUUUGUUUUGGAAGGCUUGACUUGACUACAACACGAGUGGCAACAGCUGUCCUGGCAUUCGCCCGAGUAGAAUCCUUGUCAUUUAAUAUACAACAUAUAAAGAGACGUGUUUUACACUAUAACCCUUUUAACGAUUACAUUUACUAAAUGUCAACAAAGUACGCAUAUAGCGUUAUCUACUUACCUAUUAGUUAGAUAAACGUGUACCUGGGUGAAAGCCAUGCUAAUUGCACUUCAGGGUUGCACGUCGGCUCGUGUGGGAAACAAUACAGUAAAUAUUAAAAAUGGAGGUCGCUAGAAAAGGAGGGAAAAUUAUGGGCGUUUUUCCUGUGAAAAACGCGAUGGUUGAUGGAUAAGUGUUAAAAUCACAGGAUGGAAGCUUAGACAAGUGGCUCAUUAUUUUCUGUCAUGCCCCCUUGUGGGGGACAGAAAUGUUUUCAUGCCAACCCCCUACCCCCAAUUUGAAAUACUAUUGAGAAAAUGACAAUAUACCAUACAAGCUAUUCAGGUGUCAAACUGAGUACGUCAAAUUCAUACAUGCCGACAGGUUUGCACUAAUAUUGAAUUGAAAGCCCCUCCAGCCUCUGACGCCCCCUGACAGCCCCCCAGGGGGACCCACCCCACUAUUUGACAAUCAUUGUCUUAGCCCAACAGGGUAGAUAAUGAAAAAUGCAAUGUAAAAUCCUCAUCCUGUCGCACAACAUAAGUAAUUUUCUCCCUGAGGUCAAAGGUCAUGGGGGAGAAUUCAAAACAUGCAGCUAUGCAAAAGCAGUUUUUCUACUGGGUCACAUUGACUCCCAAUAUGCAGCAGACAUACAAGAUACAGUAUGUCUACCCAACAUCAUACUUGCUUUGUUUUUAGAAUACUUUAUAGAUAUGUAUGCCCCCCCUCUCCCCCCAUAUUGAAUGAAUAGUCGUUGCUGCAACUCUGCACAACCUCCACUACCAGUCUCACGUUUCAAUACGCUUCAUCAUGCUAUUGAAUGAGAACAUGUGUCAAAACUUUGGUCUGGUAGUGUAUCUGAAUCUGCAACUAUACUAUGGUUUCUAAGUAUUUUGGUAGGUUCCAGAUAUCAGACUGAUCAGCGCUUUAUGGAAUCGUUCAGUGAUAGAACAGGAAGUGACAUGGAGGGUUUAGAGUUGAUUUUCAGCUGGGCGUGGGUUAUGGGUGCAACGGUAGCCUGUGUUUUUAUUCAGAAUUAUUGUGCCUGUUGUGAAGUAAUUCAAAACUACAAUAAAA